GAGGUACAAACACUUAAGUUUCUGCUAACGUGUUGGAGUAUUUGUUUCGAAGCUCGAUCUUAAUGCAUAUUAUGUGUAGUUGUUAGAAAUCAUAAAGUCGCGGAAUCCUGAUCAAAAAAAUGGGUAAUUCGCCUUCAACUUCGCAAAAUGAAAUACCAGACAAUUUAGCACGUAUCGGUUCAGAUGUGGUUGAAAAGUGUCAACGAACUCGUUUUAUUUUGAAGCUGAAAGUAUAUCCGUGGAUUUUAUUUGAUUUUUUGAAUUUCUGGUCUUCGAUACCAAGAAGCACAUUUUGUUUCGAUUCCCUUAAAUUAGUUGAAUCAAGUAGGCAUGACAAGUCAUUGACUAAUCAAAUUAAGAGAAUCGUAGAAGCUAUGGCCGUAACGGAAGCAGAAGCUGAACGUAUUGUUUCAAUGAUAAAAUAUGAUUUGGUGGAGGCACUUCAGCGUUUUGACUCAUAUGCAUUUGGAUUGCGGAGUGGUAGCGAUACAGAUUCAUAUUUGUUUGAGGCGAUGGAGCGUUUGCAAUGUGUCGGCUCAUAUAGAAAUGGAUUGUGCAGUGAUGAUAGCGAUGUGGAUUUACAUUUUUGUUUGGAAAAUAGAGAAAAAGGCGGAUUCUUAUCGGGUUACCAACGUACCCAAGAGACGAUAUAUUACAUGAAGCUAUUAUUACAAGUACUACGACGAAUGGAGGAAUUACUACGAGCAUCAAAAUCAUUCACCAAAGUAUAUUUACUAGGAGCAUCUCCAUUAUUCACCUAUGUAUAUUAUAGUUAUACACAUAAAGAAGAAGUACCGUUACCAUUGAUGCCGUUACUCACAAUGUAUCAUCCCGUUUCCGGAAAAAAAGUUGAUAUAUCUAGUAAUCCGACCAGUAUCACGAGUACCGAAUUGAUGAAAUUCUACGUUCUUAGUAAUAGAAACGUGAAAUAUUUGACUCUGUAUCUGAAACAUUUAUUGAAAGUGUAUGACCUACACGGUACAGACAAAAUUACCACAACCAUUUUAUUUUGGUUGGUUGUUUUCUUCAUGCAACGUAUGGAUUUAUUACCGUCCGUAUUCGACGCACGAAAACUGCGGAAAAAAAUUGAACGUUAUGAUAACGGUUGGGAUCACAGCGUUCCUGAUAUUGAAAAAACGAAUUCGACAACCGAUUUCGAAGAACUAUUUCCGCUGUUACUUAAUUUUUUAAAAUUUUACAGAGAAUUUGGUUUCUCUCAGUACGUAAUCUGCCCGUUAAUUGGACGCGAAAUUCCGAUUCAUUCUUUUAAAAAUUUACAGUUUAAACACCGAGCGUUUAACGUUUAUGUGGAGAAAUUGAGAAAACACGAGAUCAGUACUGGUUUUCCCAUAAGUUACAUUAAUCUUCAAGAUCCGACAAUUCAUUGUGACAAUUUAGCCGAACAGACUAGUGAAAAUGUUCUCAACUCGUUCAAGAUAUUGUGCGAUCGUCUCCUCGAAAAUUUCACUGCAGAAGAUGGAUAUCAAAAAGAAUACUUGGAAGACUAUUUACCUUGUGACUUGCGUCUUGAAAACAGCUGGUAUUUGCUCACACAGUGCUAUACAUUGUAUUUAAGUUUCGAUCGAGAUUCCCAAGGAAGCUUGAAGAAUGCCAUUCGUGCUGUAAUGGAGGAUAUUUUGGGUUUUAAUUGCGAGUGUAUUGUUCCAAUGAACGGCGAUAGGGGAAAAAAUGAUGAAGAUGUUUCGUACACCUAUUUUCAACUAUCGGCAAGUGCGGAAACAUGGCGAAAUCCGUUCAUUCGUCGAAUUUUCAAGUUGAGUGAUAUUCCUAAGGAUAUAAAUGUAGCUGAAAUGCCGAUUCCUAUUCGCAUUGUUAGUGAAGUAAAUGUGUUGAAAAAAAGUACGAAGAUCAUGGUGGAAAGCAAUCGGCAUUUGCAUAACUUUUUAAAAUCACACUUGCGUGAAAGUUUGACAUCUGUAUUAAUGAAAAAUUGGUUCGACAGAUUUUUAAAAAUUUGUAUUAUUGGGAUAUUUUUUCUAUCUUUUGCAAUUUCUCUAACGUUUGGAUGUUAUUUAAUAUUCGAUCAGAUUUUGGUAAUUUUUAAGGGUAUUAUUGUUGGGUACACAGUUCUAACGAUAUUUUCAUUGUGUCAUCUAGUCCUAUAUUUUCACGAUCUAGAUAGGAGGAGAAACAAGCAACAGGAACAAGCAACUUGAGCAACCAGGCAACAGAAACAAAGUAGUUUGAUUGUGUUGCCUGUGUUGCCUGACGUGUUGCCUCGAAUUUUGUUUGUCUCAUCAUUGAACAAUUUAUUGCUUUUUUUGUGUGACUUGCAUUUUGUCUGUUGUCUGUAGUGAUCAUUUUAAAAUUUUAAUACAAUUACAAUAUUUUUUUUAUCUAA